AGUCGUUUUGGUGUACUUGACUUCGCUUUCUUCUUCUUCUCUUUCCUUGGCACAUUGAGUUUCUUUGCUUUCGAUAAGAUCAUGGGUUCAAUCGCAUCCCCACAACCUCAUGCAAUUCUCGUCCCCUACCCUGCACAAGGGCACGUGAGUCCCCUUAUGCAGCUUGGCAAGCUUUUGCACUCCCGAGGCUUUUACAUCACUUUUGUGAACACUGAGCAUAAUCACAGACGCUUGAUUCGCUCAAGAGGUCAGGAAUUCAUUAAUGGCCUCCCAGAUUUCAAGUUUGAAGCUAUCCCAGAUGGGUUGCCAUAUACUGAUCGUGAUGCCACCCAACAUGUCCCUUCACUUAGUGAUUCAACUCGAAAGCAUUGCUUGGCUCCUUUCAUUGAGCUAAUUGCCAAGCUAAAAGCAUCCCCUGAUGUGCCUCCGAUUACUUGUAUAAUCUCUGAUGGAGUUAUGGCCUUUGCUAUUGAUGCUGCUCGCCAUUAUGGCAUACCGGAGAUCCAGUUUUGGACUGCCUCAGCUGGUAGUUUCAUGGCUUAUCUCCAUCACAUUGAACUCGUUAAGAGGGGCAUCGUGCCAUUCAAAGAUGAAAGUUUCCUGCAUGAUGGAACUCUUAAUCAACCAGUGGAUUUCAUUCCUGGAAUGCCUAACCUGAAACUGAGGGACAUGCCUAGCUUUAUCAGAGUCACUGAUGUCAACGACAUAAUGUUUGAUUUCAUGGGAUCAGAAGCACACAAGAGUUUGAAAGCUGAUGCAAUUAUUUUCAACACAUUUUAUGAGUUUGAACAAGAAGUGCUAGAUGCCAUUGCAGCCUUGCAUCCCAAGAUUUAUACAAUAGGCCCUUUUACCCUUCUUGAAAAGGGCAUACCUGAGGGCAAGUCCAAGGCCUUCAGAUCAAGUUUAUGGAAAGAGGAUCUGAGCUGUCUGGUGUGGCUUGACAAAAGAGAGCCAGACUCAGUCGUGUAUGUAAACUAUGGCUGUGUGACUACAAUAACUGACAAACAGCUGAAUGAAUUUGCCUGGGGUCUGGCAAACAGCAAGCAUCCAUUUUUAUGGAUUGUUAGGCCUGAUGUUGUGAUGGGUGAAUCUGCAGUGUUGCCUGAAGAAUUCUACGAGGAAAUAAAGGACAGAGGAUUGCUGGUGAGUUGGGUACCGCAAGAUCGUGUUCUUCAACACCCAUCAGUCGGUGUUUUCCUCUCACACUGUGGAUGGAAUUCAACGAUGGAAUGUGUUUCUGGUGGUAAGCCUCUCAUCUGCUGGCCUUUCUUUGCUGAGCAGCAAACGAAUUGCAAGUAUGCAUGUGAUGUGUGGAAGACUGGCGUGGAGCUUAGUACUGAUUUGAGCAGAGAUGAACUUGUGGACAUCAUCAAGAUAAUGAUGGAAAGUGAGAGAGGAAAAGAGAUGAGGAGAAAUGCUGCAGAAUGGAGAAAGAAAGCUGAAGCAGCUACAAGUGUUGGAGGAGUUUCUUGCAAUAACUUUGAUAGAUUCAUUAAGGAGGCCAUCCUCCAAGACAAAACUCAGUAAUUAAUGAGACAAGUGAGAGUCACUUCGUCUUAAUGCAUUAAUUGGACUAGUUCCAACAUGUUAGUGAGAGUGGAAGUUAACGUGUGUUUUUUUUUUUUCUUUUUGUUUGGUUUUUUUUUUUUUUUUUUUUUUUUUCAGAGACGUGAGUUCCUUUACUAACUAAUAAAAGAGUACGAAUCGGCAGGGUGAUUGUGAGAUUCGACAGCUUUAAAAUAAUAAUAACUCUUCUUUUGAGAUUUUAG